AAUUUGAUUCAGAUUUUUCUCUCCUCCCUCUCUACUCUAAACACUAUGCUCAAUUUUUUCCCGGGAGAUUCCCAACUCUAAAUACACUCCGUCACUUAGAAAACCUCAAAUGGCCGCCGUCACUUCUCUCUCCUUCUCUGCACUCUCUCAAUCGUCUUUCGCAUCCGCCAGAAACUUGGGUUCGAACUCCGACGGUCUGAGAUUCCGUACAAACUUCUCGCUGCAUUAUGGUGGUUUCCGGUCAUCCAGCUCCAGCCCUCGUUUGGUUGUUCAUUGCAUGUCUUCGUCUUCAGAGUCGGCAACUGUAGCUGAUACCAAGUUGAAUUUUCUAAGGGCGUAUAAGCGGCCGAUUCCGAGUGUGUACAACACUGUGUUACAGGAGUUGAUUGUGCAGCAACAUUUGAUGAGGUACAAGAGGACCUACCGAUAUGAUCCUGUGUUUGCUCUUGGUUUCGUUACUGUUUAUGAUCAGCUGAUGGAUGGGUAUCCUAGUGAGGAGGAUAAAGAUGCAAUCUUCAAAGCGUACGUAAAUGCACUUAAGGAGGACCCGGAGCAAUACAGAACUGAUGCGAUAAAGUUGGAAGAGUGGGCUCGGACUCAGACUUCUAGUUCAUUAGUUGAAUUUCCUUCUAAAGAAGGGGAAGUUGAGGGAAUAUUGAAGGACAUUGCAGAAAGAGCAGGACAAGGAAGUUUUAGCUACAGUCGUUUCUUUGCCGUUGGACUCUUUCGUCUUCUUGAGUUGGCAAAUGCAACUGAACCAACAGUAUUGGAAAAGUUAUGUGCAGCCUUAAACAUAGAGAAAAGAAGUGUGGACCGAGACCUUGAUGUAUACCGCAAUCUACUUUCUAAGCUGGUUCAGGCAAAAGAACUGCUAAAGGAAUAUGUGGCCAGGGAGAAGAAGAAAAGAGAAGAGAGGACAGGAACACAGAAGGCCAAUGAAGCCAUUGCGACAUGAUUGGGGGAGCCCCAGUACAUGGGCCUGUAGUUGGGGUGGUGGCUCUGGAAAGGCUGAUUGCUCUCUAUAGCCCCAUUCUAGCUGCACAACCCCGUCUUUAAUGGUCAUGAGGGAGAGUUGGAGUUUUUUUACACUUUAGGCAUGUACCUUUCAUCAGCUUGUAGGUUUGGUGUAUCGUCUGCAAUGGUGAGCCGGCAACAUUGUUUGUUUCUACAUAUCCACAUAUCUAUUCCUUUGAAUUACAAAAUGUAUUAUAGGUUACAACUUCAACUCGAUAUCAUAUCAAAUGAUGUAAAUCUAAUUUUCAUUUGUUCUA